GCGGACGGCCCCUCAGCCAUGGCCCCCAGGAGCCCCCGAGAACCCGCAGGGACUGCCCCCCAUCCUGGCCGCCGGGGCCCGCCCUCUGCAUCCCCUGGGCUGCGGGUGUGAAGCGGCCUCCCGCAGCCCCGGCCCCUCCCCCAUGGAGGAGGCGGAGGGGGGCGCGGCGGCCACGGAGUGGGGCACCUCCCCCGCGGGGCCAGUCUGGACCGCUGUGUUCGACUACGAGGCGGCCGGCGAAGAGGAGCUGACCCUGCGGCGGGGCGACCGCAUCCAGGUGCUUUCCCAGGACUGUGCGGUGUCGGGCGACGAGGGCUGGUGGACCGGGCAGCUACCCGGCGGCCGUGUGGGCGUCUUCCCCAGCAACUACGUGGCCCCCACCACGCCCCCCGCACCUGCCGCACCCGCGGGCCUCCAGUUGCCCCAGGAGAUCCCCUUCCACGAGCUGCAGCUAGAGGAGAUCAUCGGUGUAGGGGGCUUUGGCAAGGUCUAUCGGGCCCUGUGGCGUGGCGAGGAGGUGGCCGUCAAGGCUGCCCGGCUGGACCCUGAGCGGGACCCGGCAGUGACAGCAGAGCAGGUGCGCCAAGAGGCCCGGCUCUUCGGAGCCCUUCAGCACCCCAACAUCAUUGCCCUCAGGGGCGCGUGCCUCAGCCCCCCACACCUCUGCCUGGUGAUGGAGUAUGCCAGAGGAGGCGCACUGAGCAGGGUGCUUGCCGGUCGCCGGGUGCCCCCUCAUGUGCUGGUCAACUGGGCUGUGCAGGUGGCCCGGGGCAUGAAUUACCUACACAAUGAUGCCCCUGUGCCCAUCAUCCACCGGGACCUCAAGUCCAUCAACAUUCUUAUUCUGGAGGCCAUUGAGAACCACAACCUCGCGGACACGGUGCUCAAGAUCACGGACUUUGGCCUCGCCCGCGAGUGGCACAAGACCACCAAAAUGAGCGCCGCGGGGACUUACGCCUGGAUGGCCCCCGAGGUUAUUCGUCUCUCCCUCUUCUCCAAAAGCAGUGACGUCUGGAGCUUCGGGGUGCUGCUCUGGGAGCUGUUGACGGGUGAGGUCCCCUACCGUGAAAUCGACGCCUUGGCUGUGGCAUAUGGCGUGGCUAUGAACAAGCUGACGCUGCCCAUCCCCUCCACGUGCCCCGAGCCCUUUGCCCGCCUACUGGAGGAGUGCUGGGACCCGGACCCCCACGGGCGGCCGGAUUUUGGCAGCAUCUUGAAGCAGCUUGAAGUCAUAGAACAAUCAGCCCUAUUCCAGAUGCCGCUGGAGUCCUUCCACUCACUGCAGGAAGACUGGAAGCUGGAGAUUCAGCACAUGUUUGAUGAUCUCCGCACCAAGGAGAAGGAGCUCCGGAGCCGUGAGGAGGAGCUGCUGCGGGCAGCUCAGGAGCAGCGCUUCCAGGAGGAGCAGCUGCGGCGGCGGGAGCAGGAGCUGGCAGAGCGCGAGAUGGACAUCGUGGAGCGGGAGCUGCACCUGCUAAUGUGCCAGCUGAGCCAGGAGAAGCCCCGGGUCCGCAAACGCAAGGGCAACUUCAAGCGCAGCCGCCUGCUCAGGCUGCGGGAAGGCAGCAGCCACAUCAGCCUGCCCUCUGGCUUCGAGCAUAAGAUCACAGUCCAGGCCUCUCCAACCCUGGACAAGCGGAAAGGAUCCGAUGGGGCCAGCCCCCCUGCAAGCCCCAGCAUCAUCCCUCGGCUGAGGGCCAUUCGCUUGACACCUGUGGAUGGUGGAGGCGGCAGCAGCAGUGGUGGCAGUGGCAGUGGAACGUGGGGCCGCAGUGGGCUCCCAAAGAAGGAAGAACUGGUUGGGGGCAAGAAGAAAGGCCGGACCUGGGGGCCCAGCUCCACCCUCCAGAAGGAGCGGGCUGAAGAAGAGAGGCUGAAGGCCCUAGGGGAAGGAAGCAAACAGUGGUCCUCAAGCGCCCCUAACCUGGGCAAGUCCCCCAAACACACCCCCAUUGCCCCAGGCUUCGCCAGCCUCAAUGAGAUGGAGGAGUUCGCGGAGGCAGACGAAGGCAGCAACGGGCCCCACUCCCCCCACAGCACCCUGGCCUACCUCGAGGUGCCGCUCCCCACUGAGCCCUCCCCUGGGGUGCUGGUGACACCGGCCCGGCCCGGGCCCGGCGCCCGGCGGCGGCGCUCUGGCCCGGGCCUGGCGCCUUCGGCCACCCUGGUGUCACUGUCCUCCGUGUCCGACUGCAACUCCACGCGUUCCCUGCUGCGCUCCGACAGCGACGAGGCCGCGCCAGCCGCCCCCUCCCCGCCGCCCUCUCCGCCUGCACCCUCGCCCAGCACCAACCCCCUGGUGGACCUGGAGCUGGAGAGCUUCAAGAAGGACCCCCGCCAGUCACUGACGCCCACCCACGUCACGGUCACUGCCGCUCGCGCGAUGAACCGCGGGCACCGGAGGACCCCGUCCGACGGGGCACUAGGGCAGCGGGAGGCGCGGGAGCCCCCGGGCCCCGGCCCUGGCCCUCGAGAUCCCCUGGACUUCCCUCGGCUGCCCGAACCCCAGGCUCUGUUUCCUACUCACCUCCGGCCCCCCGACUUUCCUGGUCGCCCCACCACCCUGACCUUUGCCCCAAGACCACGGCCGGCUGCCAGCCGCCCCCGCCUGGACCCCUGGAAACUGGUCUCCUUCGGCCGGACACUCAGCAUCUCACCUCCUAGCAGGCUGGACACUCCAGAGAGCCCUGGGCCCCCCAGCGUGCAGCCCACGCUGCUUGACUUGGACAUGGAGGGGCAGAGCCAGGACAGCACAGUGCCCCUGUGUGGGGCCCACAGCUCCCGUUGAGGCCUGCCCACUGCCACCCGCCUGGGCAGCCAUGAAUGUAGCGCCCCAGGCCCUGCCCCAGCCCACCAGGCCACAAGGCAGGGGAGGCCUUGGGCAGGAUACUCUAUUUAUUGGGGAAGGGGGGCGGGGGGACACUUAAUUUAUUCCUUUGUACCCCGGAGGGUGGGGCCCUGUGCUCGCCCUGCAGCAGGGGUAGGGUGGGCAGGGAUACUCAGGGACAGGGCAACAUGGGGGAUUUGGCACAAAAUGCAGCAUUAAAGGUAACCCCUGCCCCCUACCACGCUUGGCUGUGUGUAUUUCCCCAGCCCAGGCCCUGAUCCUGGCUCAUUUGCAGUAGGGUACCCCCCACCCUUGCUUCCUCUCUGGACCCCUCUGGAUUUCUGAGGUCU